AUGUCGUCGGCAGAACCUGCAGAUGACUACUCUAAUUCAACUUUCCAUUAUACAUCGACACCUGCCCCUCCACCGCCUACUACUACCGCCAAUAAGAAGCCGAACCAACACCAGCAGAGCAGCAGCACAAGCAGUCGACCCGGUUCACGCUCACGGACACAUUCGCAGCCUUCCAAUGUGAACAAUACGAACCGAGCCUUAUCCUCGUCGCGCCCUACAUCACCGCCGAACCAAAGCGUCAAAACGAAUCAAUCGAGGAUCCCUCUUCCACAGCGAACGCGCAGUCGAACCGGCAGUCUGUCCAGUCAGAGUCACUCUCAGCACAGAACCAAGACGCCCACACCAGGCGAUGUUGCCCCAGUAACAGCAGCAGCCGCCGCAGACCUUUGGGUUGUUCAUGAACGCCCAAGUCAUUCUCGACUCGUGAAUGAACCAGCUCCAUUUCCGCCUCCAAAUUCCUCUGUAUCAUCCAUCGAUAUCUUGCCUGAACCACGACCGUCAAAUGAUUCUGAAGAACGGCCUUUUGAGCACUGGUAUCGUGGCGAAGUGUCCCGAAAUGGCGGCGUAGGCGAAUAUCGGGUCGCCAAGCGGCAGGAGAUGCUUGAGAUUGCCAAUUAUGGUCAUAAUAUUCGGCCUAAAAAGCAGAACGCGAUAACAGAUGCUAUUGAUUCAGAAAAGCAGCGAAGAGGUAGACCACGGGCUGGAAGUUUAGGUGAACGUUCGAGCUUUUAUCUGGACGAAGAACAGGCAAAGGAAGCUGCGAGAGUGAUGGACGAGAAUCCUUUAACAGAUAACGGUGAGGAAGAUGACGACGGAGAGGAAGAAUAUUAUGAUCCUAUGGAAGAGUAUUACCGUCCAGAAGAGUUACCACCUCGGACAACUACACCACGUCCUUCACGUAUCCCAACUCCGACACAAUUACAACGCGGUCAAAGCGAACCGCCGUAUUUCCCAACCUCUUCUGCUGGCGCCUCUACUUCCGCCUUAUCAAGCUCAUCGGCGACGCCAACCCAGCGUCCGUAUGCAACAGCAGGUGCUAGCAAUGGUACACCUCAAUCAAAACGAGCUGGAACUACUUCUCCCCCUUCCGCAUCAAAUAAAGGCAAAACAAAAUCCUACAACUCAACCACCCCAUCUCCGUCUUCCAAUUCCCGUCUCGCAGCUUCUAAAGCAACACAGGCUAAGCUCGCGCAGAAUAAACGUCAGAGAGAAAAAGAAGAGGAGUAUAGGCGGAGUAUCGCUGCUUAUCCUGAUACGGGUGAUGAUCUUAUGAAUGCAAUACCUACUUGGACACAACCUGUGCCAAAAGCAGGUAAUUGGGACGAUGUCGUCCUCCCUGUCGUUGCACGUAAAAAAGGCCUCGACGGACACUAUGAGCGCGCAGACGGAAGUCCACAGCAAAGGAAAGAUGAAGUCACUAUAGCUCCUGCACCCGGAACCUUCGGGUUCGAUCACUCAAAGUAUCGGCCUCCACGCGAGGGAGAAGAGAAUAUACCCAUGGACGAGUUUGGUACGAAGAAUUCAGCAUACACGGAGAGGGACGAUGAGGAGCAAGAGGACGAAGACAGCCAGCCAUCUCACUCGCAAUCGAGAAUGGAAACCGCUCAUGACCAGAUUAGGUUACCGACCAACACAAUUCCCAGUAAGCGCGCAUCGAGUCCCGUACCCUUUUCUAGUUACAAGCCACGACCAUCUCAACCCGAGCCAGUGGGCCAGAUGAAUGGUGAUGUGGAGAAAGGGAACAUGAAAGUACAGAGAGUGGAUGCAGAUGAGAGUGAAGAUGCAGGAAAGGGAGGAUGUUGUGGAUGUGUUGUGAUGUGA